AUGGGAUCAGUAUUUCUACCUAAUUUAAGAACAGGAUGGCAUGUAGAUCAAGCAAUAUUAUCAGAAGAUGAUAGAGUAGUGAUAAUAAGAUUUGGAAGAGAAGAAGAAAAUCAAUGUAUGAUAAUUGAUGAAAUACUAUAUAAGAUCUCAGAAAAGAUUAAAAAUUUUGCUGUUACAUAUUUAGUAAAUUUGGACGUUGUUAAAGAUUUUAAUAUAAUGUAUGAACUAGAUCAGAAUAAAUUAGAACCUUAUACCAUAAUGUUUUUUUAUAGGAAUAAACAUAUUUUGGUGGAUUUUGGGACGGGAAAUAAUAAUAAAUUAAAUUUUCCAAUUUAUGAUAAACAAGAACUUAUUGAUAUUAUUGAAACUGUUUAUCGUGGAGCUAGAAAAGGUAAAGGGUUGGUUAUAAGUCCUAAAGAUUAUAGUAGAGUUGCUAAAAAUAUAUAG